AUGUCCUUGUUCUCGUUCGGCCUCGGCUCGUCCAACCUGAGCCCGGCGCCGUCCAAACACGCCAGCUUGGCUGCCAUCUCCACGUCGCCCUCCAGCCUGCUGGCGCCCCAGUCCGCCAACAAACUGCCUCAGAUGCGGUCGCCCAGCACAUCGCUUGCGGCCAGGCCCAACCAGCCGGCUCUGCCAGGCAUCUCGCCGGUGCUGGAAACAGACAGCCUCUCGGAGAACCCCGACUCGCACAUCUUCGAGCGCUCGGUCCAGGACAUGGCCGGCCUGGUGAAGCAGGAGGACUACAUCCCGCCCGCGUUGGACGCCACCGCGGAGAUCUUGUCCGACCUGGCCACGGACUUGGACAACGUCGAAAUGGUCUAUGCGCUGAGAAGAAACUCGUCCGUCAUCGGCUUGAACAUGGCUUUGGGCCGGCCCUACACGCCGCUGCGCAAGAACAGCGUGUACCUGGCCCUGCACUUGAACGGCAACAACUUCCACGCGGCGUCGCUGUCGUCCUUGACCCACCUGCAACCACAGCCGUUCCAGUCUGCGUCACAGCCUGCGUCGGCGCAACAAGCCCAGUCGCCCGUGUCCCCACCAAAAUUGAUGAGCUCGCGCCUGUCGGUGUCCUUCUACUCCUACGCGGACAUGAUCAACAAUGACGAGUUUUCCCGCCGCCCCUCGCUCAUGCACGCAUAUAGUCACGGAGUGGUCCCAUCGUUAGGACGCAAAUUGAGUGUCGCCUCCAACCACUCCACCCUCUCGACCAGCAACGCCGGAAACCGUGAGCGCAGCGGUAGCGAGUUCAGCAAGUUCCCCAGAAAGUCGUCUCAGCCAGCGGGCUCGCCUCCCGAUCCCCAGUCACAGUUGUCAAAGCACCUUAAGGACCGUCUGAAGCUGAUGCAGUCCAUGCCCAAGAUGUUCGACGAGGCGCGGGAGCUGUCUGGCGGGACCUCUUCCAAAAAAUUACUCAUAAGCCCCGAAUCCUCGGACUCGGAGGAUCAAGAGGAAGCCUUCCACCCAGCUUCUUCGAUGGGACGCAAACCACUCUCCAGAAGAAAGUCUGUCGCGUCCAACACCUCCUUCGCUAAUUCAGUGGUGGACAAUGACAGCUUUGUGUCGAGCUCCGUCGGAGACUGCAUCAGAAGGUGCACCACGGAAAUCGAAAAUAAUUGA